GUGGUACUGCCUCCCACUCUCCGCCCUCCAGAAAGAUCUCCUUUCUCGCAUUUCCAUCUCUCUCUCUCUCUCUCUCUCUCUCUAAAAACCCCUGUUUCUCUCUCUAAACGUAUAGCCAUGGCCGAUCCAAUCGAACCCCCGACGCCCUCUACGUCGUCCACUGUGGCCAGUACGACGUCGUACAUGCACCCCCGGAGAGAGCCAUUCGAGCACGGACUCAUCCCCAUUCCCAAGCUCGUCUUCACCGACGGCGCGCAAACCCUAUCCCCUCUCAGGGAUAAGUUUAUUGAGCGGUCCAAACAGUCGCCGACUUGCCGGGUCGACUCGCUCGCGCUCUCCGAGAUCCUCCAGAUCUCGCCCGACCACUCGCGCCUCGUCCUCGACACCAUCUCCGCCGUCCUCCACUCGGACUCCGAUCCCCUCGUCGUCGCCGAGCCCUCCGAAGUCGAGAAUGUCGGGGUCGAUGCGUGUGAUUUGGUGCUGUUUUUGUAUAUUCAAUCGUACAAACGGUUGCUUCCGAGGACGCACAAGGACGCGGCUUCGGUGGCUGAUGUCUGGCCGUCCACUUCGGCGUUCGAUGGGUAUUUGUCGGCUCUUUCGCCAUUGCAGCUUGUGCGUAGCAAUAGCCGCCGUUUGCCAUCGCAAGCUGACGAAGAGUCUCAUCAGUUAUCCUACUUACAGAAGCACUUGGCCAACAUCCUGUCUCUUUUGGCAGAUUCUGUGGAAGGAGAAAGUGAAGAAUCUCUGGUUUUGACAAUGGAAAAGUUUGAGCACCUUCAAUUUCUAAUUUAUUUUAGUGAAAAAGGAUCAGAAAAAGUUCCUUUGUGCCAGGCUGCUCCAUUUUUUGCUAAUUCAGAUCCUGGCAUGCCUGCUGCUCCUGUUCCCAUAACUCAAGUUCAUGAUUGGCUUCUGGAGAAUAUAGUCUCUGCUUUGGAGCAUAUUUCUGAAAGAGUUUCUCCAAAAGAAAAUGGGCCAGCCGGUGCUUCUGAUCAGGAUGUCCCAAUGGCUGAUGCCUGUGCAAGUUCCAUCAAGUCCUCCAUCAGUUCUAGGGGUCCUAGCUUUAUUGAGGGAAUCUCUAAGUCAUCAUUGGUAAAGCAGGCAUCUGAUGUAAAAGGAUCUUCUGUGAAGGUUCUAAAUUGCCACGAUUCUGUCAUUUACAUUUUAGCACCUUUGAGAUAUGCCACCAUUUAUGGAUGCUCUGACACAACUAUAGUUCUGGGAGCUGUUGGCAAGGCUGUAAGAGUUGAACACUGUGAACGAGUGCAUCUCAUUGCUGCAGCAAAACGAAUUUGUAUUGCCAAUUGUCGUGAGUGUAUUUUCUUCUUAGGUGUGAAUCAACAGCCUCUUAUUGUUGGGGACAACCAUAAACUGCAGGUGGCACCAUAUAACACAUUCUACUCACAAUUGGAGAAGCACAUCAACCAAGUUGGUAUUCAGACAACUAUCAACAGAUGGGAUGAACCUGUGGCAUUGGGAGUGGUUGAUCCACAUGAUUCUUUAUCUCAUCCUGCAGGUGUAUCUGAUGUUCAAGCGGAGUCUGCUACCCGCCUAGAUCCUGAUCAGUUUACUAAAUUUUUGAUUCCAAACUGGUUUGAGGGGGAACACACUGGGUCCACAAAAGAUAAUCCAUUUCCGUUGCCAGAAGCUUAUAUGGUGUCUCAGCAUAGAAAUCACAAUAUUUUAGGAGAGAUCAAGCAAAGUUUGAGGGAAACGCAGCUUGAAGAAAGCCUAAAGCGUGAAUUAUCAAGCACACUCCACGUACUCUUUAAGGAUUGGCUAUAUGCAUCAGGAAAUAUCCGGCAACUCUACUGCCUACAAGGUGAUUGAAGUCCCAGAUAAAACAGACGUUGGAGCUUUCUCUCUGGUUCUCUUCUGUUUAUGGCUUGAACUCAUGCAAGUUCCUCUUGCAAUUCAUUCAUGGUGGUGGGUACUGGGGGCAGCUCGAAAUCAGCCCUUUUUGUUGCAGUGGCAACCGCUAUAUAUAUAUAUAUGCUUCGCCAUGUCGUCUAGAAUGCAGUUCUUGCAGUCUGUAACAAUUGCAAACUGCUUGUAUUUCUUCUUCUUCUUCUUCUUUUUUGUCUUUUUAUUCUUUGGAUUUUUAGGGAACAAAAAUUUACUGGAAUGUCUACUUUUACUUGAAAAAUUCAGUCAAUGUGUUUAACUGUAACCGCCUUUAGGUCUUGAUGUUUACUGCUCUGAGUUUAUUAUUGGGAGGUCUGUUUGUUGGGAA